CUGAGAGGAGGAGGAGGCGCAGACACACAGCAGCGGCUCUGACUGGAGCUCCGUGACAGCCCUCCGCUCCUGGAGUUAAAGAAGAACCUUCACCGGCCGCGAAAGCCCACAGAACUCCGCGGCCCCACCAUGCAAUCCGACGGAGGGUUUCAUUCAGGCGGUUCAGCCGUGCCUUCAAUGAGCGCUUCUGGAAGCGCACAGGUUUCCGCGCACUGCCGAGGGAGCGAUGUUUAGCAGCGGAACAGCGACGGAGCCCCGCGGAGUUUGGAUCAACGCUCCAUAGCUUGUCAGAUGAAAACCUUUCAGUUUGUUUGACUCAAUGAAACGCGGCGCUGAGUGUAUUCGGAUGUAGCCUUCAAGGGUGGAAGAAUCAACUCAACAGACUUUCCCUGCCGGUUUCUGUCUCCCUCCACCUCUUCCUCCUCUGCGCUGACUGUUUCAGGCUGUUCCAAGCGGCGGGGAUGCAGGUGAAGAAGCACCGGGACCGAAGCAGCGGCGGCGGCGAAGACAUGCUGGAAACAGACGCUCUGCGUAAAAGCUCAUCAUGCUUCUCAAACAUCAAGAUCUUCCUGAUAUCGGAAUGCGCCCUCAUGUUGGCUCAGGGAACAGUCGGAGCUUACCUGGUGAGUGUGCUGACCACCCUGGAACGGCGGUUCAACCUGCAGAGUGCCGACGUGGGAGUGAUAGCUAGCAGCUUUGAGAUUGGCAAUCUGGCGCUGAUCCUGUUUGUGAGCUAUUUUGGGGCCAAAGCACACCGGCCCCGACUCAUCGGCUGCGGGGGUAUCAUCAUGGCUCUGGGAGCUCUCCUCUCAGCACUCCCAGAGUUCUUGACAAACCAGUAUGAGAUGGACAAAAUUCAAAGGACUGACAUUGGUCGGGAUGUUUGUUCCAACACCAGCUCUGGUGAGCCUCAGGAGGACGCUCAAUGUGCCCACAAGCCCAACACCAACAUGAUGUACCUGCUGCUCAUCGGGGCCCAGGUCUUGCUGGGGAUCGGGGCAACGCCGGUGCAGCCCCUUGGAGUUUCCUACAUUGAUGAUCAUGUGAAGAAGAAAGAUUCCUCCCUGUAUAUAGGAAUCCUCUUCUCCACGCUGGUGUUUGGACCCGCCUGUGGCUUCAUCCUCGGAUCUGUCUGCACUAAAUUCUAUGUGGACUUUCUCUUCAUUGACACCAGUAAGCUGGGCAUCACUCCAGAUGACCCGCGCUGGAUCGGAGCCUGGUGGGCAGGCUUCCUGCUUUGCGGUGCCUUAUUGUUCUUCUCGGCUCUCCUGAUGUUCGGCUUCCCUCACUCCCUGCCGGCGAAGGACAGGGAUGAGGGAGCGGAGAGUGAACAGGUUAUGCUGCCUCCUUCUUCCAGCCAGGAGUAUGAGACUCCAAAGCCCAGCAAUGGGGUAGUGCUCUGCCAUGAGGCUGCCAACAGCCCCACCUGCUGCCAGCAGCUGAGAGUGAUUCCUGCAGUGACAAAGCACCUGCUAUCCAACCCUGUCUUCACCUGCAUCAUCCUGGCUGCCUGCAUGGAGAUUGCAGUGGUUGCCGGCUUCGCUGCCUUCCUGGGGAAAUACCUAGAGCAGCAGUUUAACCUCACCACCACUUCUGCAAACCAACUGUUAGGCAUGACAGCUAUUCCCUGUGCGUGUCUGGGUAUCUUCAUGGGUGGCCUGCUGGUGAAGAAGCUGAACCUCUCAGCGCUGGGAGCCAUCCGCAUGGCCAUGCUGGUCAACCUGAUCUCCACUGCCUGCUAUGUUUCCUUCCUGUUUCUGGGCUGCGACAACGGGCCAGUCGCCGGAGUCACUGUCUCCUAUGGCAACGAGACACUAAACGUGGGGGAGAAACCAGAGGCUCAGUGCAUCAGCCACUGCAGCUGCUUCACCUCCUCCAUAAGCCCCGUGUGUGGCUCCAACGAGGUCACCUACCUGUCUGCCUGCUUCGCCGGCUGCUCCAGGACAGGGGUGUCUCACACCGCAUCCAACAUAUCACAGAACCUGACUGGGUGCACCUGCAUAUCUUCUGAAAACGGACCCGGCACUGCAACUCCUGGGAAAUGCCCGAUAGCAGGUUGCCGGGAGGUUUUCCUCAUCUUCCUGUGUGUUAUCUGUGUCUGCAGCCUGGUGGGUGCCAUGGCCCAGACUCCAUCUGUUAUUGUCCUGAUCAGGACUGUGAGCCCUGAAUUGAAGUCAUACGCUCUGGGAGUGUUAUUCCUUUUGUUACGACUCCUCGGAUUCAUCCCACCUCCACUGAUCUUUGGCACUGGGAUUGACUCCACCUGCCUCUUUUGGAGCUCCAACUGCGGCGACAAGGGAGCCUGCCUUCUGUAUGACAACAAGCUGUACAGGCACCUCUAUGUGAGCCUCGCUAUCAUGCUCAAGGUUGUGGCUUUCCUGCUUUACAUGACUACCUGGUACUGCCUGCGGAGGAACUACAAGAAAUACAUCAAAGGAAACGAGGGCAACCUGACGCCCACUGAAUUUUACCCAUCCCUCAGUGAAGGACCAAAACUGGCGGACAGGACAAAGUUUAUAUACAACCUAGAGAACCAUGAGUUUUGUGAAAAUAUGGAAUCUGUUUUAUAAAAAUAUGGUAUUUUUUCUUUGUCUGUUGGAAGGAUAAGGCUAUUUAAGUCUGAAAUGCACUCCACGAGCUUUUCAAAAGGUUCUAUUCUAGUUAUUCAACGCAGGGGGUUUUCAGUAAGUUCCUGCAGUUCCUGGUGGUAGAAGAGGACCCUGCAGCUCCAGCUGGAUCAGUCCGAUUGUUUACUAGUGCAUAGACGAGAUGCUACUACUGCUAUAGUUGCCAUACUGUUUUAGGUCUGCCAUGACGCCAAUGAUCUUUGUGGUAAAAAUGACUGUAUGUUCUGUCUGUUACCCUAAAGAAUAUUCGAUUUUACAGAUAAGAAAAUGUUUCUUCAGAUGUUUAAAAGUUGCCAAGUGUUUACAAACUAAUAGCUGAUGAGUCACUGUUCUACACUUCACUUUAGUGCAGGACGGUUUAUUAUGAGCAGAGACCAGACUGGAUAAAAGUUUGAUCUCCUUUUUUUCUGCUGCAUCAUAGAAACUGUUUUUUAAACUCGGAAAAGACUGUAAGGUCUUUCCACAAAGGUGCAAUGUUUGUAACUUUAGCCAUUUUUUUAGGAUUUUUGUGGGGGAGCAGUAUAGCCGUUUUUGUUUCAUACCAAUUUGCACAGUGUAUUCAGCCUAAUUUGUCUUAAAAGGGAUUCAGUGUAUAGUAUAGGAAUUUAUUUCUAAGAAAAUAAUUCUUUGUUAUAUAUCGAGAGUCUUAUGAUUGGUUCAUACGGCCUUUGAUAUAUUAUUACUAUUAGACUAUAUUUGAGCUAAGAGCGGUAUAAAUUAUCUAUAAAUAACUGUUUUGGAUGUGUGUGUCUUAUGUCACAAAUGAUUUAGGACUAUUUAUGAUGAUGAUAAAGGUAUUUUUUUUUUUUUUGGUUUACUGAUAUGAACAGGACAUUUUGAAUUUUCUGUGUCUUAUCACUCGGCCUCUUGUGUUCAAGGCUGAAAAAAAAAAGUUCUAAAGGCUCCCUAAAUGAACCAGGAGUCUUUUUCCUGUAUUUAAACCUAAAAACAGAACUUCAGGUUACUCCGCAAUCCUCCCUGCAGUUACACUUACA